UGUCAUAGAAGUCUUUGUUUUGAUUUUGCAUUCUAGCUUGUGUGGAGUAAAGGCUUACUGACUGAAUAGACUACCCAAAUGUCAUUCGACUGAAAAUGUUUAAACUACAGUUGUUUCGUGUGUUUUUAAAUGAGCGUUUAACGGCGGCUGCUGUGGAUAUUUUUGGGGCAGUUGAGAAAACGGUAGUGGAGUACCAGGAGGAGAAUGAUCGGCUACGGAGACUGCUGGGGAUCACACCGGAGCUCAUUACACCAGAGUUACAACUAUGUCGAACUGGUGACUCCCUGCAGCUCUCUCUCUCUGUCUCUGAAGAGCAGGUUCCCCCUGAGCAGCAGCACUGUGAGCAGGAGUGGAGCCCCAGUCUGGGGCAGGAGGACCCAGAGACCACACUGAUUAAAGAAGAACAGGAGGAACUCAGCACCAGUCAGGAGGAAGAGCAGCUUCAAGGGUUCUUUGAUACCAAAGACUUUAUAUUUACUCCUUCCUGUGUGAAAGGUGAAUGUGAUCAGGAGGACCCACUUCAGUCCCUGACUCUUCCCCAAACCCAGACUGUGGAGAACAGAGAGAGAGACUUUAAACCAGUGGAUCGCAAACCUUACGCCACUGUGACCCGCCUAAAGGAUCUCAACAAUCUGUGUGACCCUCCAGAUAAUCAGAACAAUGCUUUCAUCCUCAGCUCUGCCAUAAGCAGCGACCCAGUAGGACGUGACAGCAGCCCACUAUUGGAUCCCAACCCACUGAGUCUCAACCCACCAAUGGAGAAACAGUGUUUCAAACCCAGCACAUCUAGAAGAACUUACCACUGCCGUGACUGUGGUGAAACAUUUGCACUGAAAGCUGACCUGCAGAGGCAUGUGACUCACACCAGGAAGAGACCCAGUGAAUGCCUCUUCUGCAAAAAACUCUAUACCUCCACCUGUAAACUGAAGGCCCAUGUCCAACUCUGUCACGGUGGUAAACCCUGCACCUGCCCCUUUUGUGGGAAGACCUUCAAACAAAAAGGACAUCUGUCCAGGCACAUGAGUAUUCACACAGGAGAGAAACCAUUUUGCUGUGGUGACUGUUGGAAAAGCUUCAAUCGUAAGGAGCACCUUACCAGGCAUAUACGCAUUCACAGAGGAGAGAAACCUUUUAGCUGUGGUGACUGUGGGAAAAGCUUCAAUCGCAAGGAGCACCUAACUGAACAUAGACAGACUCACACAGGAGAAAAACAACAUGGCUGCUCAGUCUGUGGUAAAAGAUUCACUCGGAAGACUCAUCUACUGAAGCAUAUGGACAAUAUCCACAAAGAGGGAAAAACAGACAGAAGAAAGAAAAUCUUCAGUCAGAAGAUGGGAAUAAAAAGGCAGGAUGUGGACAACACUCGUAGGAAAGGAAAGCAACCCCAGACCAUUCAUACUGUGGGUCUCAGAUAAAUACAUAUACUGUACCAUGGACUUAAUGUUGUAAAUAAAGUUUGAUUUGAUUUGAAUGACGAGGUAAUGAUCAAACCGUACAGAGUAUUGUAGGAAAUUCACAGGUCUGCUGUAAUAAUAAUAAAUAAUAAU